AUGGAAACCACAGAGCUGUUUGAGCACCACAAGAUCCAAACUCCUCAGGAAGUUCUUCUCAGGCAAAUGAGGAACUAUCAGGAUGCGAUGGAUGCUGCCAAGCCAACAGGCAACUUACAAACGAUCCAAGAGUACCUGGGUCUACGCAGCCGGCUGAUUAGCCAACAGCAGCUACUUCAAUCCAUGCAAUUGGCUCUGGCCGAAGAAGAUCAUGCAGUGCCCUGUUCGCUAUGUGAUAGAAGUUUCUCUAGCAACAAGGGAUUGCAGCAUCAUACACUAGUGAAGCAUGGAGGCCAAAGAGCAAACCAGUUGGGCCCUAAAUUCCAAGUCUUCGCACAUAGUCUGCAGGGACUCCCGCAAUGUGCAGCAUGUCACAAACAGCUGCGCACAAUGCAUCAGCUUCGCAGACAUGUUGAAUCGGGAACAUGUUCAAAGCUUCCAGAGCUGAGGGAGCGAUCAUCGUCCUGCUCAGGAGCGGAGAGCACAGCCUUGCUGCUCCAACCAAGUGUUCAGGAUCAAUUGAAAAGAGACCCUGACCUGCUUCUCAAAAAGGCUCAUGUGACCAAGCACUUGCGGGCUUACUGCAGCCUCUGUGGGCAGUUCAUUGUCGGUCACAAGGGCGUCAAACAGCACAUUCAGAAAGCGCACCAGGCUUUCUGGGCAGGGGCCUCAGACUCAGUCUAUGCCAACAUGCGCACACAUAAGAGACUGCUUCAUAAAAAGGAGGAAUGCAGAUAUUGUGGAAUGAUGGUUGACGCUCCGGUUCGCCACGCGGACCAGUGUGUAGUCCUGCUGCAGGUCUAUGCCAUGAGUGCAGCAAUGAAAAAGUCUACCGACCCACACAUAGAAUAUGGCACUGUGACGUCGGAACUUGGGAUUCGUGCGCAGGAGGGUUCCUCCCAGGAGGCUUCCUCCACCAGUAGGAUUCGGUCUCACCAGGCACCAGCAAGCUCCCAGCGAGACGCACCAGCAGAGGGGAGACCUUCGUCAGUGCCCGUCACAGCCUGGUCUCUGGCCUAUCAUAAUCCGCAUCAACUGUGCUAUGCACACACAGUAGUGCAUAUCCUUGCCUCGCUUGCAUCAGAGGGUAUUCUUUCUGAUCCAUAUCUGAGACAAAUAUUGACGGAAAUUGACGCAGUAGGGGGUCGUUCUUCUAGUGUGGAUGUUCGUAGGCUGCGACAGCUACGUCCUCUGCUGACGGGAUGGCGAUUCAGACCCAGGCAAGAAGAUGCAUCCCAGUUUCUAGCACAUAUCAUUCAGAGAUCCCAUGUGCUUUCAGCAGAUGUUUGGGAAGCGAGGGUUCAAAUCACAGCACCCGUGGAAAGAAUCAGCGUAGAGGAUAGAGGGGGUUUGAUUCUUUUCUUGCCUGACCCACCAGAUGGCCUCUCCACACUACAGCAAGCCAUUUCUCAGUGGGCGCACAGGGGGAGCACCUAUGGGCUACUCCCGGGAGUGAACCUGGUUUGCAUUCAGAUCCAAAGGUUUGAGCACUUGGAGAAAACAAAUCGGCCUCAAGUUUUAGACACAACUCUGGAGCUUCCAGAGUUUAUAGAUAAUGGCACGACAACCGCUGUGGUCAGCUUUCGACUAUAUGCAUUCAUCAUUCAUCUAGGAGAUGAUUGGAGAUCUGGGCAUUAUAGGACAGGUUUUUUGAGAGAAGAAGUGGCGUAUCUCGCAGAUGAUGACCGCUCACCACGGCGAACUACGCUCCUCUCGGAUCAAAUUUGCCAGGGAUCGUAUUUGGCUUUCUACGUAAGGGUCUAG